UUCCAUUGCAGAACAAAGGUGUCGCGUGACACGCUCCUUGAGGGCGUCAAUGGAGUUCUUGAACAUUCGUUGAAGAAGAAGCGCAAAUUCCUGGAGACGGUGGAACUCCAGAUUGGUCUGAAGAACUACGAUCCCCAAAAGGACAAGCGUUUCUCUGGCACUGUUAAAUUGAAGCACAUCCCACGUCCCAAGAUGAAGGUGUGCAUUCUGGGCGAUCAGCAGCAUUGCGAUGAAGCCAAGGCCAACGGCGUUGAGUUCAUGGAUGCUGAGGCACUCAAGAAGCUGAACAAGAACAAGAAGCUGGUGAAGAAACUGGCCAAGUCCUAUGAUGCUUUCCUUGCCUCCGAGUCGCUGAUCAAGCAGAUUCCCCGUCUCUUGGGUCCCGGCCUCAACAAGGCUGGCAAGUUCCCUGCCCUGCUGUCUCAUCAGGAAUCAAUGAUGGCCAAGAUMGAGGAGGUCAAGUCCACCAUCAAAUUCCAGAUGAAGAAGGUGCUGUGUCUGUCUGUCGCCGUUGGACACGUGGGCAUGAAGCAGGAUGAGCUCACCCAGAACGUUAGCUUGUCGAUCAAUUUCUUGGUCUCGCUGCUCAAGAAGAACUGGCAGAACGUGCGCUCCCUGCACAUCAAGUCCUCCAUGGGCCCACCCCAGCGUCUAUACUAAAUUUUUGUAAAGCCAAUAUCUUUUACAACAAUUAAAAUGUACAUUUGAUGAAUGUAAAACAAAUUGAA